AUGAGCCAAAGACGUAGAAGGCAAAGGAUCGCUGCGGAACAAGAGCUCUACCGCAUACAGCAAGGAGCUGUAUAUAAACCAGACGUAUACCAAACAAAAAAGCAUUCAACACAUAUAAGGCGUGCGCAGCUCCAGCAAACGACUCAUAACGACGAAGAGUUUAGCGAUCUGAAUGAAGAACUUGAUCUCGAAGAUCACUCGGAUGCAGUUAUGACAGCAGAAUACUUGAUUCAAAAUAAUACCAAAUCCAUUUUACCAUUAUGCUUUAUACACCAACUUUACAGCAUUCUAUCGAAUAAUACAAUGACAGAUAGAGAAAUACAAGCGAGUUUGCAAAGAAAUAGCUGGAAAAAGUUUUUUAUUAUGGGGUGCUUGGAAGAUGAAUAUGUGAUCAUGAAAACAACCAAUUAUUGUAAUUUGAUUGAUCAGUCGAAAGCAGACUAUAUAAAAGAACAUAAUGAAGAAGAAGCGCAUAUCUUUAACAUAUUUCAGAAGAUAGUACUGGAUAAAGAUCAUAAUAAAAUUUCUAUUGACAAAGAUACAUUGAUCAAUACGUUUCGUUUGACAGACAAAGAGAUAUCACACCUUGUAUCAGCUGGCCUUUUGUUGCCUCACAAUAUUCAAAUCGAUCUAUUCUGGUUCUCCGUACCCAAACAAGGAACAUUUGUGACCAAUUUGCUUCAUGGCCGAAAAUCUAUUUUAAACAUAUUGAGAAAAAGAGCCACCAAAGACAUCAUGGAAAGUGUUUUGAGACAAAAGAAAUUGCAUAAAUGUACUUUCAAUGUUGAUUUUUUAUUGCAUGAUCUAGUUGGUAGUGGCAGAGUAGAAAGGCAUAUGACACCGAUGGGAAAUUUGAUCAGGCUGACAAGCAAAGGUGAAAAGGGCAUAUAGCAAAGAGUCUAUUUACAAAAAAGUAAAAAAAGAAAAGGGGUAGCUGUACAUAUACAUACGUAAUGACUAAUACUGUAAAUAAUGAACAAUGGUAUGCAUUUGUGCACAAAGGCACG